GUUUUACUAACUGUUGAGCAGUUAGUCGCGUCCUAAACGUUAAUCAGUAAAGAACUGAACAACAAAUAUUAAUUAAUUUUGCAAAAUUUACAAAAAAGAAAAUUUUUAGGAUUUUUUAAACGUAAAAUAAAACAAGUAAAAAAUCAGUUAAAAUUAAAAAAACCAUAAAAAUUAAUAUUAAUUAAAAAAAUAACUAUUUAAAACGUAAAUCAUUUGAUUUUUAUCUCUUCAAACAUUUGUUUAGUUAUAAUCUUGUGACAAAAUAAAUACAAGAUAAACAAUCUUAUAAUUUUGAUUAAAUUUUAUUAUAUUAACUGCAAUAAAAAUUCAUAACAAAAUACAAAUUUCACAACGUGCCAAAUUAUAAAUUAUAUUUUACAGCCCAACAGCUAAAAAAGUGAAAUAGUGACUCUACAGUUUUGAAAAAAAAGCUACAUUUUACAGCCCAACAGCUAAAAAAGUGAAAUAGUGACGCUACAGUUUUGAACAAUUAAAAACAAAAGGACAGCCAAGUAUUCAUAUUUAUCUUAAUAUAAAUAACCAAUUUUAUUGCCGAAUAAAUUCUUGUGCAACAGCUUGAUAAAUCUUUCUAAAAACAAACAAAAAAAGCUUAACAAAAAUUAAAAGUCAUUUAACUGUCAAUUGCUGUUUUUAUUAUUGUUUUUAUUAUACAAAUUAUUUGCAUAAUUAUGUCAGUAUGUUUGUGUUAAGAGGAAAUCAAAAUAAACAAAAAAUUCCAUUAUCAAGUGAUAACUUUAUGUUGGGCCCACAAAAUCGUAAAUGCAUCUAUACACGCUGCCAAAGCCCCAUAACCGGUUUCAUAAAUACUCUACUCUUGCUGGGAUUAUUGCUGGCUCAGCAGCCGCUGCAGACUGGUGGUCAAAGCACAACGUCAAACAUUUUAUCGUUACUUAAUAAAACAGAAAAAAAUCCUACAGAUCAUUGUGUGGUUGAAAUUAACAAUAUAACUGUGUACAAAAGUAUAGGAUCAAUAUGGGUUUCUCCAAACGAUGCCUGUGCUUUGCAUUCCUGUGAUUUGAAUAAACAAGGAGAACCACAAGAAGUGAUACGGAAAGAUAAUUGUGGAGAUUUCUAUUGUGAUAUAGAUUCGGAAGUUCGCCCCAAAGAGGGUUCCUGUUGUGGCGAAUGUGUGCGAACAAAAUGUCGUUUUAAAGAUCAAGUCUACAAUGUGGGACAAACUUGGCACAAUGCAGAUGACUGUACUUUAAAUGAAUGUUCUCUCUUGCCAAAUGGUCAGCCCAUGAUAAAUACAUAUAAAAAAUCCUGUCCACCUUUACCCAAAAACUGUCCAAAUGAUUUAAUUUAUACAGAAACUUGUUGUCAAUAUUGCAAUUCAUCUAGUGUAGCAAGAAAUCUAUAUCGUAAUGAUGAUCUGAAUAUAGAAACAGAUGAUAUAUGGACCGAGGAGUUUUAUACAAAUCAUCCCUGCAAUAGAGAUUGUCAAGCAAAUGGAGAGCCCAAACGUUGUUUCUAUACCUUUGUGGUGGAAUGGUAUGAGACAUUGUCGAAGGCUUGUUAUGAAUGUCCCAAUAAUAUAACGGAUUGUCAAAGACCUCAUUGUAUAACUGGAGAUGGCAUAACACGCUCCAUAACGGUAGUUAAUCGUAUGAUGCCUGGUCCCACUAUAGAAGUUUGUCAAAACGAUGUUAUAGUGGUAGAUGUUAAAAAUCAUUUAUUGGGUGAGAGUACCACCAUACAUUGGCAUGGAAUGCAUAUGAAAGAGAAUCCUUAUAUGGAUGGUGUGCCGCAUAUUACACAGUGUCCCAUUUCACCACACUCCACUUUUCGUUACACCUUUAAGGCGGAAAAUUCCGGCACACAUUUUUGGCAUUCCCACACGGGCAUGCAGAGAGGUGAUGGUGUAUUUGGAGCUUUAAUCGUUAAGAAACCUAAAUUAGAAGAACCUCAUGGACAUUUGUAUGAUUUUGAUUUGACCGAACAUAAAAUGAUCGUACAAGAUUGGGUACAUGUUCCCGGCAUUAGUAUGUUUGCUUCUCAUCAUCAUUCGAAUGGUGAUAAUAAACCUUUAAAUUUACUGAUUAAUGGUAAAGGACGCUACUAUAAAGCCAUUUGGGAAAAAAUUAAAAAAGAAGAGAAACAACAAGCCAGAUCAAAUGUACCAAAUGAAGAAUCUAAGUCCACAACAAACCAACCUAAAAUAAUGACUAGUACUACUAGUACAACAACUACCUCAGAACGUACUCCCUAUACUGGUUUAGUUUAUACUGAAAAAUCUUCUUCUGCUUAUCCAAAUGAUGAAGCUACUCCAGCUACUACGGAGGAAGAAGAUGAUGUUGUAUUUUUACAUCCUUUAGAUGAUACUACUUUAAGCAAUAUGCGUAUACAACAAAAUGAGAUUUCAAGAUUGGCCAGACUUGCUCAAUUGGAUCAGUAUCGAAGUAGUACAGAAAGCAUAAAGGAAACUACUACUGAUAACAAGGAAACAGAAGAAAGUUUAUUAAAAUCUGACGAAAAUCCAGCCGAUUCUAUUAGUUUAGAGAGAACCAAACGUGCUAUAGAUGGGGAAAUUCCUUUACAUUUUAUACCACUACAGACUUAUAAUGUCAAACGUGGAUUCCGUUAUCGUUUUCGAUUAAUCAAUGCAGAGUUCCUUAACUGUCCGAUCAAGAUUUCUAUAGAUAAUCAUACCUUAACUGCCUUCAAUUCCGAUGGUUUCGAUUUUGAGGCGGUUGAUGUUGGCUCUAUUGUUACCUAUGCCGGGGAACGUUUUGACUUUGUGGUUAAUGCCGAUCAACCUGUUGGAAACUAUUGGAUACGUUUAAAAGGUUUAAUGGAUUGUGAUGAAAGAUUUACUUCUGCCUUCCAAGUAGCCAUAUUGCAUUAUGAUGGUGCUCCAAAUGAAGAACCCAAAGAAGAUUUAGGUUAUCAUCAUGAGCCUAAAGGUAUUGAAUUAAAUGCCAUGAAUCAGGGACCUGGACAUGUCGACUCUCUAACUAUAGCCGAAAUAAAUGCUUUGCCUAUUUAUGACAAAGUCCCUGGCAUUGAUCGGGAUGCUUUAAAACCAGUUGCUGAUUAUAAAUUCUUUGUUUAUUAUGAUUUCUAUCGUAAAGAUCAUCCUGAAUUUCAUCCUAGUGAAUAUUAUGGCAUGGAUGCCAACAUGUCAAAUACAAGUAGAGUUUUUACACCACAACUUAAUCACAUAUCCCUGAAAUUCCCCUCUGUGGCUUUAUUGCCAGCACGUAAUGAAGUGGAUGAUUCCAUGUUCUGCAAUGAAACGAGUUUAGAGCAAAAGGGCAUAGACUGCCGUAAGGAGUUUUGUAAAUGUCAUCAUGUAUUACAAGUGCCACUAAAUUCAAUAGUGGAGUUGAUUGUCAUAGACGAAGGUUUUACAUACGAUGCCAAUCAUCCUUUCCAUUUGCAUGGUAAUGCUUUUCGUGUGGUAGGCUUAGAGAGAUUGGGUGCUAAUGUUACAGUGGAAAUGAUUAAACAACUUGAUCGCUAUAAUCUGCUCAAACGUAAUCUAGUCAGACCUCCAGUCAAGGAUACGGUUACCAUACCCGAUGGUGGUUAUACCAUAAUACGUUUCGAAGCUCAUAACCCUGGUUUUUGGCUAUUCCAUUGUCACAUAGAAUUUCAUGCAGAAAUAGGUAUGGCCUUGGUACUUAAAGUUGGUGACAAUGAUGAAAUGGUACCAGUUCCUAAAAAUUUUCCCACUUGCCAUGACUAUAUGCCUGAUGAUGAUAAUGAUGAGAAUAAUAAUAAUGGUGGACAAAACUCAAAUAAUAAUUCUACAUCUUCUCCUUUAGGAGAUGGUAAUAAUUCAGCCGCAAGAGACUAUUAUAACCACAGCUUAAUGGUCGGUGGUGUAGUGUCAUUGUUAAACUUAUUAAGAUCAUUUUAAGCUGAAUGAGGAAAAAAGAGUCUAAUUUGUUUAUAUUAUCGUUUAUUGUUAAAGAAGAAAACUGUGAUUAUUCUAUAGUGUUAGUUUAUAUUUUUUAAGUUGUAAUUAAGAUUAAUUUAUAUGUAUUUUAAAUAAAUAAAGAUUUAUAAUAAAGUG